AUGCCACCGCGUCGUGAUCCAACCGGCGACGAAUUCCCACCCACCGUUUCCGACCAACUCAAUCAGCUCAUCCAAAUAUCCACUACCGCAGCUACUGCUCAAACCGAUAUCAAGACACAAAUCGCCGCCCUUGUUCAAGCAACCGCUAACCUCAAUUCGAAAUUAGAUGCCCAAACUGAAACCACCGCUCGUCUUGUGAACCAUGUUACCCAGCUCACUGAUAACCUAGACCCGAACAAACCCGUCAACACUCGACCCAACUCCCCUGUUCGUGCACAACCUAACAACAACAAUAACCUACAGCCUCGUCCACCGAAAAUCACCUUGCCGCUGUUCGACGGGUCUAAUCCUCUCGGAUGGAUUUUCCAGGCAGAAAAUUAUUUUACUUAUUAUCGCAUUCCGGCUGCGGAACGCGUCUCUCUCACCGCUUUCCACUUCAUUGGCGAUGCACUCGCGUGGUACCAACAUCUCGCUAAUAACCAUCUCUUAGGUACUUGGCCUGAGUUUGUCCGUGAGGUUGAGCUUCGGUUCGGCCCCUCGGCAUACGAGAACCAUGAAGCAUCAUUAUUCAAACUACGGCAGACGACUACAGUGUCGGCUUAUCAAACCGAAUUCGAACGACUUAGUAAUCGUAUUACGGGUCUUUCUCAACAAACCUUGAAAAAUUGUUUUGUCUCAGGCCUUAAACCUGAUAUCCAGGCUGAGUUAGCCGUCCACAAGCCUACUACGCUACACCAGGCUUGCGGCUUAGCCCGGUUACUGGAAGAUAAGUUAUUAUUUGCCUGGAAGCCCAAAACUAACUAUCCUCCUAAAAACCCUCCAACAAACACCUCCAACUUUACGACUACAGUGAUAUCUGCUCCCACCGAUAAAACACCGGCAUCGUCCACCCCACCUCCACUUCUUCCAUCACCACCAAAACCCUUACCCUUCACCAAACUUUCACCUGAGGCUAUUCAACAACGUCGUAAAGAGGGCCUGUGCUUUCGUUGCCCUGAGAAAUUUUUUCCGGGGCACAAGUGUUCGCCACCGCAGUUUCUCUUAAUUGUGGAUAACGACGAGCAUAUGGCACCCGAUGAUCCUGUUGCAGACACCACCACCGACGACACUACCAGUCCACAAUUUUUAUCCCUCUCAGAUGCCGCAUAUUUCGGUCUUUCGUCAAUCCAAACAUUACGUGUAACCGGGUUCAUCCACGGGAAACCGGUGACCAUCUUGAUCGAUUGCGGGAGCACACACAACAUAAUUCAACCUCGCAUUGCCACGUUAUUCAAUCUUCCGUCUAACCCGCUUGAGCCUUUUGGUGUCAUGGUGGGUAACGGGCAGUUUAUACACUGCCGAAGCUAUUGCCCAGCGGUACCUUUACAAUUACAGAAAACAUCCUUUACGAUUCCAUUUUUCGUACUACCAAUAGAGGGUGCAGAUGUGGUGCUCGGUAUUGCAUGGCUGCGUACUCUUGGUUCGAUUACCGCCGAUUUCUCUAUACCUCAGAUUUGUUUCCAAAAAGACGGUCAAUCAUGCACACUUAAAGGUGAACCGAUUUCUAAACCCCUUUCCUCCAGUUCAUUAUCAUCCCUUAUCAAACACGGUUGUAUUGCUUCACUUCACACAUUGCUCAUCGAGACUCAACCAAACCCUACACCACCUCAAUCACUCCCAUGCUCCACCGACGCCCAUAUUACCACCCUACUGGAACUUUUUCGACCACUUUUUCAGGACCCCCACGGCCUUCCACCAAAUCGCCUUCAUGACCACCAUAUCCCAUUACUCAACAAUAAUCACACCGUAAAUGUCAAACCAUACCGUUAUCCUCAUUUCCAAAAACAAAUCAUGACACGUUUAAUCACAGACAUGUUAACCGAUGGUGUCAUCCGGCCGAGUCAAAGCCCGUUUUCAUCGCCCGUCUUGCUGGUUAAAAAGAAAGAUGGCUCUUGGCGUUUUUGCGUCGAUUAUCGCGCACUCAAUGCAGCCACGGUGCGUGAUCGUUUUCCGAUUCCCACUAUCGAUGAAUUACUUGAUGAGCUUCACGGUGCAACGAUCUUUUCCAAAAUAGAUCUGCGCUCCGGAUACCAUCAGAUUCGUGUGGCUAAGGAAGACAUUCAUAAGACCGCGUUUCGCACAAUGGACGGGCACUACGAGUUUCUCGUUAUGCCCUUUGGGCUCACUAAUGCCCCGUCUACAUUCCAAGCGGCUAUGAAUGAUCUCUUUCGCAAGGUCCUUCGCCAAUUUGUUCUCGUUUUUUUUGACGAUAUACUCAUUUAUAGUGCCUCGAUGGAGGAACACUAUAGUCAUUUACGGUACGUAUUUGAGACCCUCUUGGCCAAUCAAUUUCAUGCGAAAGGAUCCAAAUGCGUUUUCGCGGUGCAAGAAUUAUCAUUUUUGGGUCAUAAAAUUUCAGCUGUGGGUGUAGCUCCAGAACCGGAUAAGAUCGAAGCUAUCCAAAGUUGGCCUCAACCGACUUCUUUUACCACACUUCGAGCCUUUUUGGGUCUCACCGGCUAUUAUCGCCGGUUUGUUCCUCAUUAUGCAAGAAUCGCAUCCCCACUUACUGAUCUCCUAAAAAAACCCGAGUUUACUUGGACCCCAGAUGCCAAUCAAGCCUUCAUUGAAUUGAAAACCCACAUGAAAGAGUUGGUUACUCUUGCCUUACCUGAUUUUUCGCAGCCAUUCGAUGUCACAACUGACGCUUCCGGCGUGGCCAUAGGCGCCGUUUUAUCUCAAAACUGCAAACCAAUUGCAUUUUUUAGCAAAAAGUUGUGUCCAACCAUGCAAGGCCAUUCUACUUAUACUAAAGAAUUAUAUGCUAUCACCGAGGCAAUCAAAAAGUGGCGUCAAUAUCUCUUAGGCCGCAGGUUCCGCAUUUUUACCGAUCACCAUAGUUUGAAGCAUGUUCUCACUCAAACGAUUCAAACACCGGAGCAACAAAAGUGGGUUACAAAACUCAUGGGUUACGAUUUUGAGAUCCAUUUCAAGCCGGGUAAAGAAAACACCGUUGCCGAUGCUUUGAGUCGUGUUCAAAUUCCGGUUAUGUUAGCACUUUCACAUCCGACGGCCACAUGGCUUAACGAGGUUCGUUCCUAUUAUCAAACUGACCCGGUGGGUCUCCAGUUGGUUGCGGAUAUUACAGCCGAUCAAGUUGCUUUUCCACAUCAUUCGUUCCGUGAUGGGUUGGUCUAUGUUCGUGGUAAGCUACUAAUUCCUCCGAUCUCUAAUUUACGUACCCGUUUAUUGCAAGAAUUCCAUACAUCUUUUGUUGGGGGUCACGCAGGAGUGAAUGCCACAGUUAACCGUUUAUCAUCCACAUUCACAUGGUUGGGUUUAAAAAAAGACGUCACCGCGUUUGUUAAGGCAUGUGAUAUUUGUCAGGCUAUUAAAACCCCGAACCACAAGCCUUACGGCUUGCUGCAACCACUACCCACACCGGCUCAGCCAUGGCAUGAUAUAUCCAUGGAUUUUAUUACCCAUUUACCGCCAUCCAAGGGUAAAACGGCGAUAUGGGUUAUCGUUGAUCGUUUAUCGAAAUUCGCUCAUUUUAUAGCCUUGUCACCGGGUUACACUGCCAUUUCAUUGGCUGCCAUUUUCAUGCGAGAGGUAUACAGGUUACACGGCCUUCCGAAGACAAUUAUUUCGGACAGAGAUCCGAUAUUUAUUAGUCGUUUUUGGCGUCAAUUGUUCAAGCUUAUGGCUUCAAUUGAGUCCUCGCUACUGGAACAUCAGCGGGUACUCCAUGCUCUUAAAAAUUCAAUUGAAUCGGCAAAGGCACGUAUGGUUAGGCAAGCUAAUAAAAACAGAGUUGAAAAAGAGUUCCAAGUGGGUGAUUUUGUUUAUCUUCGCCUUCACAAGUAUCGGCAACAAUCAGUGCAAAACCGAAGCAACCAAAAGCUGUCAAGACGUUUUUUUGGCCCAUUCAAGAUAUUAGAAAGAAUCGGAAAGGUUGCUUAUAAACUAGAGUUACCGUCUGGGUCUAAGGUGCAUCCGGUGUUCCACGUUUCACUUCUCAAGCCGAGUUACGGUAACGUUUCAGGUAAUCCGGGAGAUCUGAGUAGUUUUGGUCAAGACGUGGAGCUCUCGUACCUUCCAGAAUAUGUUGUGAACAAUCGCUUAGGAGCAAAUGGUGAGAACGAGAUACUGGUCAAGUGGAGCCAACUGCCGAUUGAAGAAGCAACUUGGGAGAAUGUCGAUUCGAUUAACACUCAAUUUCCUGGUUUCGUUGACAUUGAGGACAAUGCCAGUUCUCAAGAGGAGGGGGAUGAUACGAGCCAACCAGGCCCAUCCCUUGAUCCAGCCCAACAAGACACAAGGCCCAAAAGAAGUACUAAAAGGCCGGCCCGUUUUAAUCCUUGA